AUGUUUGAGGCGCUGUGGGAUGCUGGCGUACGGUAUUGCUUCGUCAAUCUAGGAUCUGAUCAUCCAGCCAUCAUGGAAGCAAUGGUCAAAGGCAAGCAGGAGAGGCCAGACAGGUUUCCCAAGUUCAUCACCUGCCCCAGUGAAAUGGUAGCACUUUCCAUGGCAGACGGCUACGCCCGUGUCACAGGAGAGCCCCAAGCUGUCAUUGUCCACGUGGACGUUGGCACUCAAGCACUCGGAUGUGCGGUACACAAUGCCAGCGUCGGCCGCGCACCCGUACUCAUCUUUGCCGGUCUCUCCCCAUGCACAAUGGAAGGUGAAUAUCGCGGUAGUAGAACCGAGUUCAUCCACUGGCUACAAGAUGUGCCUGACCAGAAAGCAAUUGUAUCGCAAUACUGUCGCUAUACCGCCGAGCUGAAAAAGGGCAAGAACAUCAAACAGAUGGUGAAUCGAGCCCUGAGCUUUGCGAAUAGUGAGCCGAGAGGUCCAGUCUAUUUGCAAGGGACUCGAGAGGUUAUGGAAGAGGUUAUUGAGCCUUACGAGAUUCGACAGGAGUUUUGGACUCCCGUGGAGCUUGGUGGGUUGACACCGAAGCAGCUGAGUCUUGUUGCAGAUGCGCUGGUGUCUGCUCGAGAGCCUCUUGUCGUCACGGGUUAUAGUGGACGUGACACUGCCGUGGUACCCUUGCUUGUCGAGCUGGCAAAUAUUAUCAAAGGGUUGCGGGUUCUCGACACAAUGGGUUCUGAUCUCUGUUUCCCUGCCGACCACCCUGGCUGGCUGAGCGUGCGAUAUGGAUCGGACGAGGCCAUUCGAACAGCCGACGUGAUACUGGUCGUCGAUUGUGAUGUGCCCUGGAUCAACACGCAGUGUAAGCCUGUCAACGACGCAAAAAUUUUCCAUUUCGAUAUCGACCCGUUGAAAGAUCAGAUGCCGGUCUUCUACAUUGAUGCGAUCCUGCGGUGUCGUGUGAAUACCAAGUUUGCUAUGGGCCAACUUGUCCAACAUUUGAAGAUUGAGCUUUCAGAUCAAGUCAGGGCGAAUCAUGAGGUUUAUGCCGGCCGAUGGUCAGACCUCCAGGCAUCCUAUGCACGAAAGCUAAACGCUAUAGCUGCACAAGCGAAGCCGAAUCCAGACGGCUCCUUUGGAUGCGGAUUUCUCAUUUCGAAGCUCCGGGAGACCUGCCCGAUUGAUACCAUAUGGGUCAUAGAAGCCGUUACUAAUACUUUCACCGUAGCCGAUCAACUACAAGCAACAUUACCGGGAAGCGUGUUUAGUUCUGGUGCAGGUGGACUCGGCUGGUCUGGAGGCGCAGCUCUUGGGAUAAAGAUGGCCACAGACGACCUCCACGGAGGGAAGGGCAAGUUUGUAUGCCAGAUCAUCGGAGAUGGUUGCUUUCUCUUCUCUAUACCUGCUAGUGUGUAUUGGAUUGCGCAGAGAUACGAGAUCCCAGUGCUGACUAUAGUGCUCAACAAUAAUGGCUGGAACGCACCUCGGAAGUCUUUGCUUCUUGUUCACCCUGAUGGACUGGGAUCUCAGGUUAGCAACAAAGAGCUUAACAUAUCAUUUGAUCCAAACCCGGAUUAUGCAACUAUUGCACAGGGGGCAUCGGGUGGUAAAUGUUGGGCGGGACAAGCUAGCACAGUUGAAGAACUGGCAGCAAGGUUACCGGAGGCUGUGAAUGCUGUACAAAACGGCCGUUCUACUUUGUUGGAUGCACGGAUACAGUAG